UGCAUUCACCCUCAAAAAAACCUCCACUCUCUUCACUCGACUCUCAAUCAUCCUUUUCACUCUUCAAUUUUCACACAAAAUCCUAUUUUUUUCCUCAUUUUUUGCAAUCCAAAAUCGCAAAUUAUCCUCACCAUGUUUUUGCUUCUGUAGAGUACACUUCGAUUGAUUCUAUUAAGGCGUUAGUAUACCGAAUACUGGGUGUGCUUAAUAGGAAGCAUGAGCGCCAAACUUGAGCAGGCAUCUAACCGCAUUCAGACGGCUGCUUCAUCUGCAACAUCAUUGAGCAGCCCAAAGAUCUCUAUGUUUGCUAAUAAAACUGGAUUUGUCAUACCAAAAAACAAGUUAGCAGGUUCAUUGGUUCCGGUAUUUCGAGGAGGGAAAAAAGGAGGUAGUGAUUCUGUAAAUGAAGAGAGCACGAAACAGGUGCAAAGGAAAACCAAGUGGGGCCCUGAUCUUACGCAAGAUACUACUGUCAGAAAAGCAAGAGCCUUGGCAUAUCAGAGUCGGGUGGAUCAAAUAACACAGCUACUGAGUUCUAGGACUUUGGAGGGUGAAGGCAGCAAGGACGCACUGUCAGCCUCCCCUGCUAAAGAGCAUGACUCUUCGGACCAUCAACCUAAUGAUGAGAGUGUGAGUUCACUGGAACUUGAAAGACGGGAAGCCAUUGGGGAGAUUCUAAAACUGAAUCCCAGCUAUAAGCCACCUGCUGGUUAUAAGCCUGUACCCAAGGAGGCAAAGAUCCCAUUACCUAUCAAAGAACAUCCUGGGUACAAUUUUAUAGGUUUGAUUUUUGGCCCUGCUCAUAAGCAACUGGAAAAGGAAACUGGAGCUCAAGUAAAGGUUUAUGGUACCAAAGCAGAUACUGGAGAGAAGAUAGAAGCUACUUCUGGUGAAAAUGACUCUGGUGCUUAUGAGGAAAUGUAUGUCCAAGUAUCAGCAGAGACAUAUGAAAAGGUUGACGCUGCAGUUGCUUUAAUUGAACUUCUGGUUACCCCAGCUUCAGUGACUCCAGCGUCGACUACCACAAAAACGUCAGGUGACGGAGAAACUAUUUCCGGUGAAGCAACACCUGGCCCAACGACUCCUCCUGUAGUAAAUCAAGGGGUGGCUCAACCAGUUGUGGGGACACAACCUGCUCAAUUACAAGGUCAUUUUCAGCCAUAUCAAGGACAAUGGUUUCCUGGACCUGCAUCUCAGAAUCCAGUAACUCCAUUUCCAGGACCCAUUAACUCCUGGAGUUCUUCAGCAUCCCUGGUCAGCAACCCUCACCAAGUAUCUCCAUCACCUACCAACCCGCCAAAUGCACCGUCACCCUUUGGCCCGCCACAGGGUAUGGCAGAUGGAUUUGGUUCAGUUCCGCGAAACCUUUUUUGUAACUCUAGCCCUCAGGCACCACCACUAAUGCGGCAGCCUUUCAUGCCUUCCACUCAUCUCGGACAAAUUGGUGGACCUAGACAUCCGAUGCCAUCUUUAGGGUCCACACCAUCUCAAUCCAAUAUGACUCCACCUCAAUUUUCUCAGAGCCAACCGAAUCCAACAGGGUUUCCACAGGGGUUGAGAUCUGUUAUGUCUUCCACGCCUCAGUCUAUCCCUCCUAUAGCAUACUCAGACCGGCCAUUGACCCCAGGCGGGAGCUCUCCUGGAUGGUCACAGUCACCAUGGAACACCCAGACGGGUCAAGGAAGUCAUCAUCUUUCUUCACGACCAAUGGGUGUCUCUACGGGUCCGCAUAUAAAUGUUUUGCAUGGCCAUAAUUUAGCACCCCAGUCAUCUGGACCAGCUCCAUCUACUAAUUCUGUUUUUCAAUCUCAAACACGUAUGCCUCCUCCAAUGCAUCCAUCUUCAGGAUCUACGCCUGCUCAUUUCUUGAACCACCCUGUAUCUAGCGGACAACCAGUCAUGCAUAAUCUCUCACCUAAUCCAACUCCUGGAAGUUCUCUUAAUAUUAAUUCUAUGAGACCUCCUUCCUCUGGAGCUCCAAAACCACUGCAGACCAGUAUUGAUUUUACAUUCCAGCCUCACCAUCCACAGAAUCCAGCCUCUCAAGUUGUUUCCAGGCCAGCUGGUCAAUUUGGUUCUCAGGAAUUUUCACCUCCAAGCCAGAUGAUGCGCCCUUAUCUACGACCAGCAAUAGACAGUACAAAUCCCCCACCUGUUAAUCAAGGAUUCCCAAGACCUCUAUUAAGCAAUCAGAUUAAUCAGCCAGGACCACACAUGUCACCUGAUUUCACUCGAGGACCUGCUGGCCCUCUCCCUCAAUUUAGGCACCCGCCAUUUUCAAAUCAGGGUAUAGCUUCACCUACUGGGCCACAAAUGCAACCUCUGAACUUUAGGCCAGCUCCGAAUCCUGUAGGUUCUUUCCCUCCUAGAGUAGGAAACCCCAUGCCUCUUCAGCAAAAUAAUCCAACUGCCAUGCUUCGACCACAAAAUUUUGAGGCUCCCAACAAUGUCUUCUUUCGACACAGUAGGCCUGCCUCCAGCUCCUCUGGAGCACAUCAAAUAUAUGACCCCUUCUCGCCCACUUCUGUCCCUCGGCGUCCUCCUCCUGGUGGUAAUCCGGCAAUGGUAGAAAAACAAGAGAGUGAUCCUGAAUAUGAAGACUUGAUGGCCUCUGUUGGAGUUAAAUGAUUCAAGCCGCAAGUUGUUCUUUGAUCUUCGAGUUGAUCGCCUACCCCCCCCCCCCCUU